AUGCUCCCCAGUCGGUUUCUCAAGGCCAAACAUGUUUACACACCAAUGAUCAAAUUCCUCGGUCAAAGGUCCAAAUUACCUCAUGAACCUCAUACCCCAAGUCCACAUCCAGCGGCACCACCAGAAAUCCGAGAAUCUUUCUCUUCCUUCCUUGAAAAAUUACAAUCUUCCUCUUCCUCUUCUUCUCCCUCCUCGUGGUCAUCGUCAGAAAGUAAGACCCAAGGAUCAAAUACAUCACAAAGACCUGCGAAAGAAACAAAAAUUGAUUUUGAAUAUUUUUGGCAAGCUCCAGAAGGACUUUGGAAACAACGUGAAUGGACGGAUAAAGAGAUGGAAGCUGUUAUGAGUGGAGGUGCUACCGACGUCCGUUCCGGACCAUGA